AUACAUCCCGACGCCUUUAAAAUCGUUACGACACGAAUUUACUGACCCGGUCCCGACAUUUUUCUUUUCGAAAUAAGACGAAAUUAAAACUAUUUCCCGGUUCUCUAGGGGACUUACUUUUUAUGUUUUACCGAUUUGACGCUGUCAAAAAAACGAUUUUAAUUUUUAUUUUUGCAGUGUUGUUGAUGUUAUCCUUCAUUCGCACAACCUAACCCCAAAAAUAAGUACCUACUCUACUUUUAAGUAACGUUGGUUUUUUUGUACUCUUUAUGUAAUCACUCGGUCGUGUUCUUAAAAAUGAAUGUGUUCUAAAGAGGCCCAGGAUAACUCAUUUUGUUUAGUAUGUAGUGGGCGAGUUGGAGUAUCAACAAGAAAUGCUAUAAACAUUUUUGGAAAUGAGGUUAUCACCUGUUCAAAUCGUCCGUUAAACUUUGUAAUAUCACAAAUAUUAGGAAUAGAUAUUCAAGAAAAUACAGUACACUCGCUCAUAAUAUGUAAAAAAUGUUUUAAACUUGUCAAUGAAGUAGAUGAAUUAGAGCAAAGGUUAUUAGAAAUCAAAUUGGAAUUAUCCAAUAAUUAUAAAAAAUCGUUUGAGAAAAGUAGACUUGGAGAGGACGACUCGGAUGAAAUUAUAAAUCAAAAUAAUAUGGAAUUGAAAAACGAUGGAACGGCGGAAAAUAAUGUUCCGAAAAAAAUAUUAGAUAUACCAUCCUCGGAUGAUGAGGAUGGUGAUGAAAAGUUGAAUCGAAAAGAUAAUUUGCACACCCUUGAAGAUAUUGAAAUGGAAUUGGUUAAAAUUCAUGGUGAUGUUGGGAAAGAUGUGUUAUCAAAACAUGAUAACAGUGAUGGUCAACAAUUUGCGGAAUUUCAACAUGAUGUCAUAGAUAAUAAUACUGAAAAUCGUACUGACUCGGACCUCGAUGCUGAUGAUCAUGAUAAUGGUGAGCUUUUAUUGGGGACAUCACAAGUUAAUGAAAAUACUUUGAAAGAUGUUCACGUUAAAGUUGAAAUGGGUGAAAACGACGAAAAACCAAAUAUCUUAAAAAGGAAAUCACCACCUCCCGGUAGCAUAAAAAAACCGCUAAAUAAAAAAAUUAAAGAAGAGACUCUUCCACCUAUUGUUGGAAGAGAUGGUAACAUGUACACAUGUUUGUUAUGUGAAGGAGAAGAAACAGUUUGUGGCGAAGCAAAAGCAAUAAUGCAACAUAUGAAAUUGAUCCACGACGCCCGAUUAUAUAUUUGCGACGUUUGUGGUGAGGAUUUCCGGAAAAGAAACGAACUUUCCGUACAUUUAGAUGAGCAUGUCGCCACUGAAGAAGGCGAUUUUCAAUGCGAAGUUUGUAAUAGAAUUUUUAGUAAUUUAAGAUUAUUUCGAAUACACAAAAGAAUGCAUUAUCCCCAAAAUAAAGCAUGGACUUGUGAAACUUGCGGCAAAAGAUAUAGUUCUAAAAAUUUAUUAGACGAACACAUAAAUACACACACAGGUAUUCGACCUUAUAUUUGUCAACUUUGUGGUAAAGAUUUCGCAUCGAAAUAUACAUUUAAAGCUCACGUAAAAACACACGAGGUUCGUCCGAGACCAUUUCAAUGUUUACAAUGUAAUAAAUCGUUUUUAAGCCAACAAAAUUUAACGCAGCACGAACGGACGCAUUCGGGCGUUAAAGAAUAUUCCUGUCACCUUUGCGAUAAACUGUUUGGUUCCGUGCAUAAUUUAGAAGUCCAUUCGAUCGUUCACACCAAUCACAAACCGUUUAUUUGCGGUCAAUGCGGAAAAGCGUUCGCUCGAAAAGCGGAAAUUAAAGAUCACGAAAGAACGCAUACCGGCGAACGGCCGUAUCAGUGCGAAAUGUGCGGCGCCACUUUCAGCCAAAGAUCAAAUUUACAAUCACACAAAAGAGCUACUCAUUAUGACGAUAAAAGAUAUAAAUGUGAGGAUUGCGGAAAAGGAUUUAAAAGGCGACGAUUAUUGGAUUAUCACGUAAAGGCGGUUCAUACAGGGGAAAGACCGUUUAAGUGUGAUGUUUGCGACGCAACUUUUGUUUAUCCUGAACAUUUUAAGAAACACAGAAGGAUUCAUACAGGUGAAAAACCGUAUUUGUGUGAAGUGUGCGGAAAAGCGUUCAAUAGUCGUGAUAAUCGCAACGCGCAUAGAUUUGUUCAUUCGGAUAAGAAACCAUAUGAGUGUUUAGUAUGCGGAGCUGGAUUUAUGAGAAAACCUUUACUGUAUCAACACAUGCACACUCAAGGACAUUUAAAUGAUACCAUUGUGGUUAAUCAACCCAGGUUAACAACUGAUGAUGAUCAAAUUAUUACCGUUAACGCAGAUGGUGAAAUGGAAAUUGUUGAAGGUGAUGUAAGUAGAUUUGAAAAUGUUCACGAAGCUGAUGAAGAUUCAAAACUUUACAUAGCCGACUUAAAAUCGCAUAUGUUAGUUGAUGGAAAAGUGUUUGAACAUGCAGAUGGUUCCUUAAUUGUUGGUGAACAUUUAGAAGAAGAUCAACUUGAAGAAUCGGAAGCUGUUGAACAUAUUAUUAUAGAUGGACAACAAAUACAAUUUGCUGAUGAAGAUGGUGAACCUGAAGAAGAUAUGGAAGAAAUGGAUGAAAGUGAAGGUGAUCACGUUUUGUCCUCGUCAAAUGAUUAUGAAAGAAUUAUAACCAGCGCGACUUUGGCAAAUGGAGAAACACAAAUUAUUCAAACUAAGGAAGGUCCGGUUCAAUUUGUGCAAGUACGUAUACCUAAUGAUAAUGGAGAAGAGGAAGAUGCUUGGUUAAAAAUCGUUACUAAUUAAUUAUAAGGAUAGGUAUUAGUUACAAAUGAACCUAGUUGUAUUAUUUAGAAAAAAAAAUUGAUUUUAUUAUGAUGAUAACUUGUAGAUAAGUAACUACUCUUUAUAUGUUUGAGUUCUGAUAAUCGUUUAAUUUUCAAAUGUAGAGUGGAUAUGUUAAAAAUAAUAAAAUGAUAUGAUUCCCAAUCCAUUACGUUUUAUUGGCUAACUAAGUAACGUUUGUUAUUCUGUAAAUACUUAAUUAUAACUUGUAUAUAAAUUACUGUAGGUAGUAUUAAUUUUACGGGAAAUGUUUUUCCGUAUUUUUACUUUUUGUAAUUUUUAAGGAUUUGGUGUUGAUAGAAUAAAAUCAAGACAUAACUUCAACAUUAUUAUAUUUUGUUUCCCCUUUUUGUGGAGUUCACUACUUCCGUUUUGUAUCUAUUUGUAUAUGAAAAAUAAAAGAUACAUUUUUAUUCA